UUUGAGAGGAACGAUAUAAAACAGCAAUCUCUACGAAUCCCUUUGCUGCAUAUAUAAAAUCAAAAUACAUUUUACUUAGCAUUAGCGCACAAAACUGACGAAAAUGGAUCCGGAGAAGCGCUCUACGUUGCAUGUGAGCGCAAGUCUGCCGGGUUAUGUGAUCUCGCAUGCGCGCCAAAGUCCUGAUCUUUCCAAACCACCCGAGCACCGAGCCAAGUCGAACAACAACAGUCGGUCAGUGUCGCUCGCGUGAUUUCCACGCCGAGCGAUUGAGGAUGCACGUGGAUGCACCUAGGUCGAGGAGGAAGUGAGAAAAUCGCUGAUGCGCGGCCGUAGGGCGUGUUCUCUCAUACCAGGAUUGCAGUAUAUACAGCAGUGCAACCCCUUGCUUUUUUGUCGGUCAAAACAGAGCGCGCAUGUGCGAAGUAGAGGAGUCGAAAAGGGAGUAGAGCAAGGUGAUCUGUUUUCUUACUAUUGUCAAAAAGGUACAUUACACUUGAUUAGGUUUUCUGGCUAUACUAAAUACAUACACUGAUGAGUCAGAAAAAAAGAGACGAAAAAAAUAUUCAGGGAAAACCAUAUCGUAAAAGCUCCUUUAUUUUGCGCAUGUACCUUCAAAACUGCUUUGAAAGGGAAAACACAGAUUGACAUAAUAAGCUUAAUGAUUGACAAAUUUUGUAACAGUUGCGGAGCAGCUUUCUCUGCCGAAUGUACUCAUUAUCGCCGAUCGUUGUACCUUGCUCUACUGUCCAUUGGUCAAAAAGAGAAGAGCUCAUACUUCACUUUCGCCUUUAUUUGUUUCCCCGCGCAACUCUUUUGUCUUGCGUCCUCUGGGUGUGUUCGGGCAGCUCGCUAUUAGUGCUCUUCAGCGCUAUCAUGUCAUUCUGUAUCCUUGUUGUAUAUCUAAGGAGCGAUGAAGAUAGAAAAACGCGAUAGCGUUGGUAACGUGCUCCCCGAACGCAUCCUCUGUUUUAACAAACACCAACAUGAAAGGUAACGGCAGGGAGUUGCACUAAUGUGUAUACUGUGUUACGGCAUCGACCUACGGGUUCUUCACAUAUAGUGAUGGGGGAUCGUGAGAAUUUCUCCGUGACAGGAGCUCUUAUACGCAUGCGUGAAGUGACGUAAUAGCCGACGUAAUAAUUUCUAAUGACGGACGCAGCACGGAGUAUCCAUACGAAACCCUGUGCAUCCGCGAAGGAUUCCAUCUGAUGCAGUUUUUCUUCCGCGUUUCUUCCGCGAGUUAUGUUAUUGAAUAUUAUGUAAAAAUUAUGGUCUAGUGUAAUUUUUUAUCAUUUAUAUUUGUAUUAAAAAAUUUAUAUUAAUAUGUAAUGUAUUUUUAUAUAUUAUACGAUUUUACUUUAUGCAUUAAAUAUGUUAUUGUGUAAAAUUGUAUUGUUAGAAUACACUGAUCAGGUUUUCUGUAGUUUUCCUCGCUCUUGCAGCAAAUAUUAGUAUUCGCGUGAUAUCGGCUACAGACGUUAUAAAGUAUCAAAUGCUUAUUGUUAUUCGUAAAUAGCAUUUUGUUUCUUUAACAUAAACUUUUUUCCCUCUCUACAACUCCCUUCAUAUUUUCUGGAAGAAUUCUUUUAGACUGGGGAUCUCACGAUACCUAAAAUAGAUACGUCAGUGAGACUACCAUAGCGUUUUGUCAAUGCGCCUGCGUAAGAAAUUCCCACGAUUCCCCAUUACUGUGCGAUUACUGUCUACGGGCCCCUCAUAUAACGUAGGUUCGGCGACGGCGACGGACGUGGAACCGGGAAGAGGCAGCAGCACGUAACGAAGUUCCAUUAUUGGCGACGGUGAUUUCACGGUGCCGAGCACAACCGGCGCACGCGAACGAGAGUGCCUUGUUAACGCUGGUCUGGCGGUUGCGCGUUUCAGCGGACACCGAACGUCGUCGAGCCGCAUCAGCGGGGAGAGAUUGACUCUCAGCGAAGCAGGUGAAGCAGAAAAGAAGAGAGACCAGCUGAGGAAUGUCCGAUUUAGACGAGACUGACACUUCGUGCGGGGAGGAACAGAUCAUCUCGGAUUGGGAAGUCCGAGAGGAGUGGCUCGAGAACAUAUUGUCCAAGUACUACGAUGAACCGAUCAGGAUACUACAAUUCGAGGCGAAAUCCGAGCAUACCAGUGAAGGCGCGCUGAGCUCCAUUAUUAGCGCUUGGGUGAAAUUAAUGUUCAGACAAUGUCAAAGCAGAGCAUUGUUAAACAUUAUAAUAAAGCAACUACCUAAGGAUCCAUUCAGCCGUUUCUUCGUCACCGAAGGCCAAUUCGAUCUCCGUGAGAUUCAAUUUUAUACGAAGCUGAUGCCAGACUUAAGGGAGUUCAAUCAGAAGCAACUUAUUCACAACAAAUCAAGGAAAUUUGAUGACGAAAUAGACUUUGAUGCACUUAAAGUGAUUGUCCCACAGUGCUAUCACACUCAUUAUAUUCCCGCGGGCGGGACCGACGACAGCCCGGUGCCACCGGAAUCGAUGCUAGUGUUGUAUGAUCCACGUGACAAAAACACCAGGAGCAUCAAGUUUUCGGAAGGACUGGACCGCGUCACCACGCAGCUCGCGCUGGACGCCAUCGCUCGCUUCCACGCUCACACCUUGGCGAUGAAGGUCGUGGACGGGCAGCCUCUACCCCAGCGUUAUCCGUUCCUCUUCAAAAGGGCAAAGGCGACCGAUUCGUACCAGCAAUUGGUAGAGCGCGGUCUACCGCAGCUGGUACACUUUUUAGAGAGCAAGCCAGGCUUCGAAACGAUCCUCGAGACCCUGUUAGCCUUACGACCUCGCACCAGAGACAUAAUCUCGUCUCUGCUCGCGCCGGAGGGCCCGAUGGCGCUGAUAACUCACACCGACUUCUGGAGUAAUAAUCUGAUCUUUUAUCAGCCCGAUCAGUUCGAUAAAAAUAGGCACUUCUGCUACAUCGUCGACUGGCAAAUGAUCACUUAUAGCCGACCGACGAACGAUGUCGCGCUGUUGAUAUUGAGCUCAGUGCAGACUGAGACGCGUCGCAAGUACAUCGAUCGUUUUCUGGACAUGUACUGGAACAAGCUGCAGUACGUGUCCUCGUGCCUCGGCGUGGACAUUCAGGAAAACUUGGGAUAUACCCGAGAAGACUUCAACAAGGACUACAGAAAAUCCCAAUUACUGGCGCUCUUGCUUUGCAUUGGUUCCGUGGACGUCGCGCUCGGCGAUCCUCGCACGGAGAAACGACUGCUCGACGUUCUCGAAGAUUUAUACAAAGAUGGCGUGUUAACGGACGAGGAUAUCAUCGCGACGAACGAAGAUAUCGUCGCGACGAACGAGGAUAUCGUCACAACGAACGAGGAUAUUGUCGCGACGAACGAAGCGGAUUCCUAAUUCAGCGCUGCCACCCCGUCGACACUGUGUAGCGCCGAACGAACGUUUCUACCCCGGGCUGUGACUCGAAACAAGGAUGAUGAUGAUGAUGAUGCGGAACGAUAGAUGAUUAGCCCAUUCGUAGUUUAAAGACGCAACCUUUGUGUUCUCAAUCGAGUGGAGACUCGAGCCAGCAACGGCGUGAACACGGCCGUUGAAGAAGGUAGUUGCAAGAAACGCACACGGCUCACAUCGGAGGAAUACAAUGGACGUUAGGAACUUGUGUUACUCGGUCUUUUCGCUACGUGACGGAAUAUUAUAGACGAGCGUGGAGAAAUUGAUCGAAGUCAGUAUGCUUAAGCACGACACGAUAGAUGUCUCGAUUAUACACUAGUGUAAGCUUUGACAUCCUGUCGGAUAUUACCCCUUAAAGGCUAGGAUGGCAUUUUAACGGCUACUCAUGCAAGAAUCACUUGCCAUGCGAUGAAAGUCCCAGAAGUAAGGUAGAAUAAAAGCGGAAGCACGUUUUCUAAAGAGGAGUUAUGCAAUAAAGAGAUUGAUUUUAUAUCAA